UUGCAGUAUGUAGCACUCAUAACUCCUGAUGCCCUCAUUGCAAAAUAAAAUGGAGGGAAUAGGAAAGGACCAUGCUUAUUCAGAACCUGACCACCAGCCUCCGCCAGCCAGUGAGGAGUAUGUUGUACCAGGUAAUGCUUUGCUGCACCAUGAGGAGUAUGCUGUACCAGAUGUCAUCAUCACAAGGCGUUUGAGAGACCGAGAGCUGCUCAGGAAAAGGAAAACAGAAGCCCAAGAGAAAGACACUAUUCAGUGGGUCCUGGGGGAGGAGAAGAACAAACGGCAAAAGAGGGGCCGAGGAGCUGGAAGAGGAAGGGGCCGACCACUGGUUACACAGCCGGAGCCUCAGCCUAAAGAGUCAGAGAAUGAGCUGUCAGAGCAAGCCCAGACCCCGCAAGAGCACCCUGUGAUCACAGUCCAAGAGCUGCCCAGUGGCACCCCACAGGAGGCAGUGGAGGGGAUCUCAGCUGAGGGCGAUUUGUUUGCAGCAGAGCAGAAAGAAGCACCCGGGUCAGCAGAAGGGGAAAUACUAGAGGAUUUGAACACUCCUCUGGAAAAUGACUACCAGGAUAAUGAAUACUGCCCCUCUGCUGUAUUUUGAAUUUUUCUUUUCUUCUUCUUCAACAGUUGCAUCAGUUGAAUUCCAAAUACUGGUACAAUGAUUUAGAUGUGCUAUUUCUGUGUAAGGAAUAAAACCCAAAAGCUUGUGCUGUUACCCUCCUAACUUGCUGUUUUGCAUUCAUACAAAUACUGGGGAAAUCCUUUAAUUUUCUUGAAAAAUAAUAAACUGCUAGAG